AUGUGCGGAAUCUUUGGUUUUAUUAACUACCUGAAGAAGCUUAAUCAAAAGGAAAUCAUUCAGAUAGUAAUAAAUGGCUUAAAUAACCUUCAAUAUCGUGGCCAUGAUUCAAUGGGUGUUUCUUUUGAUAAUGGCGAUGAUAAUAACAGAAGUAUUGUUGUUGCAAAGUCAACAGGUUCGUUAAAAGAGAUCCAAUCACUACUUCAUGACAUACUUUCGCAAGCACAUCCUCCAGAGUUUAACACACACGUCGCAAUUGGCCACACACGCUGGGCAACACACGGAAAACCUGCUCAAGUUAACGCUCAUCCACAGAUAUCAUCAUCCUCGAUGGAAUUUGUCGUUGUUCACAAUGGAAGUAUUGAUAAUUACAAUGACUUCCGUUAUUUCCUUGAACAACACAGUUUCCUCGCCGGCCAACGUGCCAGAAAGUCAAGUUCCGUCAGUUAUCCAGAUCAUGGCGAUCUUGAUGGAGUAAUUCAUGUUGCAAAGAAUGAACUUGAAGCCGGACCAUACCACAUGUACUCCGAAACAGAUACAGAAGUCCUUGCUAAAUUUGCCCUUUUCGUUUACCAGCAUCUUGAAAAUCCUACAUUUCCUGAAUCAAUUAUCAACGGUUACCGCUUCCUCCAAGGAUCCGGCUCCGUUAUCUUCAAAUCUCGCUUCUUCCCUGAAGAAGCCGUCGCUUGCCGCUUCGUUUCUCCAAUGGUUCUUGGUUUCAAAUACAGUGGAGACUUCCAGAGGAAAUUCAAAGUAACAAACCUCAAGAAUUUCAGUCCAUCUGACUUCAAGACAUGGAAAUUCGAAACAGACGGCUUCCAAAAGAUCGAUAACACCGGAGUUGAACCAAUCCCAGUUCCAGAACAAAUUUUUGUCGCAUCCGGUGCUCAAUCUUUUGCAGAAUACACUCACGAAGUAAUGUAUCUCAAGAAUUACGAUAUCGUACACUUCACAAAGAACGGAAUUUACAUAUAUAAUAUUUCUGACGACCCAGAUACAGAGCGUGAGAUCAAGCAGAUCAUUCCACAAGAACCAGAGACUGAAAGGCAAUUCCCAGAUGAGGACACACUCUCAGAAAUCUACCAGCAACCUUCAGUUUUACAAAAUAUGAUCACCAAAUACAUUCAACCAACGAAAAUUGUCAUCCCAGCUCUAGAGCCAUACCUUGAAAGACUCCGCCGUGCACAGAUGAUCAUUCUUAUCUCAAGUGGCAGCUCAUACAACGCGACACUCUGCGUGAGAACACUCAUGGAGUCGUUGCUUCCGAUGCCUGUCUUCUGCGAGUUCCCAUCUGAGAUGAAUGAGCGCGGUGGAAAGUUAAAUGAAAAUGUUGUUUGCAUAUUUGUUUCUCAAUCAGGUGAAACAGCCGAUACAUUAUACGCCUUACAUCAAGCAAGACUCAAGAAAGCCUUCUGUUUAGGAAUUACCAACACAAGAGGUUCUACAAUAUCUCAAGCGGCCAAUUUGACACUUUACACCGAUGUUGGCAUCGAGCGUGGUGUUGCAUCGACAAAAACAUUCUCAGCGAACGUAUUACUUCUGACUCUUCUUACAUUUGCGGUUCAUGAAGCUCCGAUCGACACUACACCGCUUCUCGGAUUGAAGCAAGCACUUCUCGAUACAAUAAAGAUGCUUCCUCAAUUCGACGAAAUCGCCAAAACAAUGAUCGAACACGAUUCAAUAAUCGCGUGCGGAAGAGGUAUCAAUUACGCCAUUGCUAGAGAGGCAGCUAUGAAGCUGAGAACACUUGCUUACAAGCACUGUGAGUCUUUCCACGAAGGAGAACUCAAACACGGUCCAAUCGCGUUGGUCGAUGAGAAAUCUAAGAUUAUUUUCUUGGCAACAGUCAGCAAACAUACACAGAUCGAAGAAUACAGAGCUACUCUUGGUCAGAUCGAUGCAAGAAAUGGUCAUUCUGUUAUUCUGACUGAUCCAGAAUCCGCAAAAGUUUUAGAUUUCUUCGCCGAUGAAUUGAUCGUCGUUCCAAAGGUCGAGGAAUACUUACAGCCUCUUGUAAAUGUAAUUCCUGUGCAGCUUAUAGCUUACUGUUUAUCAAAACAAACAGGUGUUCAGACUGAUAAGCCAAGAAACCUUGCAAAGUGCGCAACUAUUAUUUAA